AUGGCUACCCCAUCCACAUCUACCGAUGCUACUUCAACGACUCCGUCCAAGCCAAAUAAUCUUCGCAACCCUCUCCCCCUCUCAGCCCCCCAAGAACAAGAAGUGAAGCUAUUGUACUACAAGCGUGUACGAAGCUAUUGCGCCCCGGAGAUUAAAGCCUUUGCCGAGUGCGCUGUCAACCGAACCAUUACCGCAACAUGGGUCUGUCGCCAGCAGCGACUUGCAAUGAACUCAUGCAUGAUCGCCCAUGCGAAGCCGGAAGAGGAGGACCGCGCACGUGAGGAGUGGUUCGCCGGCAUUGAAGAACGACGUCGCGUACGUGACGAGGAGCAGGCGGGUGUUGAGAGGCGGCGAGCGGAGGUCAUCGCCAUGAUGCGUGAAGAUGAGAUUCGGAGGCGAGAGGCGAAAUGA